GACAUGUAAAAAUGAAGGGGAAACGAACAAUUUGAGCUAAGUUGAAAAGGGAUUAUCAAUGCUUAGAUAUCCUAUGAUCGAUCGGAUCGAAAAUAUAGGAUAUACAAAAAAAAAAUCACAAUUUUAAUACAAAAUAUCAUAUCACUAACGUUUUUGAAAUAACUUCGAUUACGGUUUGGAGGUGAGGGAUGUAUCACCCUUAUCUAAAUAUGAGUUGGAAAUAACCAAACUGCAACACUUCUAAUGUUUUAGGUAAACUAAUUGCUUUGAGCUCUCCACCCAACCCACCUGCAUUGUCAAAUGUUAACUACUCCCUCCACCCAUCUAUUUAAUCAUAUUAAGAGUCUCAGUUUCUACUUAUAUAUAACCCUCCUCCAAAAUCUACAAUCCCAAACCCACUAGGCAAAAGCACAGCAUUGAUAUAACCCACCUCCACUUUCUUUUCCAUGGCUCGACAUCGAAUUAUACAUCACCAUCAUCACAUCACCAUAGCAAUCACCAAGCAUCUCUCCCUGACCUUGCCCCAGGCAGCCAUGGCUGCCAUGACCUUGGCCCUGUGUGCAUUUGCCCUGUUCCUUUGUGCUUCACACGGUCGAAGAAGAAUAACAAGAUGGCGCAGACACUGGAGCUAUGGUUUCGUCCCCGACCCAGUCAUCCAGCUCGAGAACCACCAUGGCGCGAUGCUCGUGGACUCUGGAGUCGACGAUGGAGGCAGCAGCAUGUUUAGUAUGGAGCAGAGUGGGAUCAAUCCGGUGUGGAAGAAGAACAUCCUGAUGGGAGGGAAGUGUCAGCUCCCUGACUUUUCAGGUGUCAUCAUCUAUGACUCUGAUGGCAAUCACGUCGUUCCUCCUUCCAACAGAAAUCGCCCAAUGCUCACCUGGAAAUGAUUGCCAUCAAACUAUAUAUGCUCAACUGUAUCAUAACUUGGAAGUUGAAUUAAUUUUGGUUCAGAUCGAAAGUCCAGUAAUUUUGGUUCUUAAGAAGAGCUAUCAAUAACAUAUUCGAUUAUAAGAAAAUCGACAAAAAAGAAAAUAACUGUAUCAUCAACAUAAUCAAUUAAUUAAUAAUUACCAGCCAGGCUGCCAGAAAUGUAAAUAUAUGCCCAUAAUCACC